AUGACUUCUUAGCCUAAAAAAGGAUCUUUUUUAAUGUAAAAAUAUUUUACAAAAUUUACAUAAGGAGGAAAUUAGAAAACAGGAGAAUAGAAUAGAAUGAGCCCAACAAGUCAAACGACUCAAAACCUUAAACCCUCUCGUCCCGUACAAAGGUCGUUAAUGCCCGCCACUUGUUUCAGAUUCUUCGCUCUCUCUGCUUCGAGAACCUCACUCUGUCUUCCACGAUAUUCCCCAUGCGUUCGCUUCUUCAAGUCCCAAACAACAUUCCUCAGCACAGCUCGCCGGAAACUUACUCUCGAUGACUCGCGGCUCCUACAUUGCUUCUCCAAUCACAAACUCAAGGAAGCACGCCACCUGCUCGAGAGUAUUCCCGAGAGAGAUGCCCAUCGUCGUAUUGUCCAUUGGACAUCACUACUUACGAGCUACUCCAAAAAUGGUUUUAUUGAUGAAUCGCGGGUGCUUUUUGAUAUCAUGCCCGAUAGGAAUAUUGUUACUUAUAAUGCUAUGUUGUCGGGAUAUGUGCGAUGCGGCAUGCUGAGUGAGGCGAUGACCUUGUUUGACGAGAUGCCUGAGAGGAAUGUUAUUUCAUGGACCUCGAUGCUUUGUGGAUUGGCGGAUGCAGGGAGGGUUAGUGAGGCAAGGAAAUUAUUUGAUGAGAUGCCGGAGAGGAAUAUUGUGUCAUGGAACUCCAUGAUUGUUGGGUUGAUUAGAAAUGGGGAUUUGGAGGAAGCAAGGCAUGUUUUUGACGUGAUGCCUGCAAAAGAUAUUGUUUCUUGGAAUGCUUUGAUUGGAGGGUAUGCAGAGAAUGAUAGAAUGGAUGAAGCAAGGGAUUUAUUUGAGGCUAUGGAGGAUCGUAAUGUGGUUACUUGGACUUCUAUGAUAGCAGGUUAUUGCAGGACAGGUGAUGUGGAGGAGGGGAAAUAUUUGUUCUCGAGAAUGACAGAAAGAAAUGUGGUUUCUUGGACCGCAAUGAUUGGUGGGUUUGCUUGGAAUGGCUUCCAUGAGGAAGCCUUACUACUUUUUUUAAAAAUGCUGCAGAUUUCUUACUUACGACCAAAUAUAGAGACCUUCAUAUCACUUGCUUAUGCUUGUGCCGGUUUGGGUUUUCCUCUUGUUGGUAAGCAAUUACAUGCUCAGUUGAUAGUUAAUGGCUUGGAGUAUGAUGAUUAUGAUGGCAGGUUAUCGAAGAGUCUUAUUCACAUGUACACAAUGUGUGGUGUUAUGGAUUUUUCCUGUGCCAUAUUCGUCAAGAACUCCAACUACUCUCUUAUUGAAUCCUGCAAUUCUAUGAUUAAUGGCUACAUUCGGAUUGGACAACUAGAAGAGGCUCAGAAUUUGUUUGACACGGUACCUUUACGGGAUAAGAUCUCAUGGACUUUAAUGAUUGAUGCAUACAUGAGUAGUGGACAAGUAUCCAAGGCAUUUUACUUGUUUAAUAACAUGCCUGAUAGGGACGCGGUUGCAUGGACUGCCAUGAUUUCGGGAUAUGUUCAUAACGAGCUUUUCCCAGAAGCUUUUCAUUUAUUCUCAGAAAUGCGGAUUCAGGGCGUUUUACCUCUCAACUCUACAUAUUCUAUUCUGUUUGGAGCUGCAGGCGCAAUAACAAAUCUUGACAAAGGGAGACAAUUUCAUGGUAUGCUGAUGAAAACAUUGUAUGAAACUGAUUUGAUUCUUGAGAAUUCUCUGAUCUCAAUGUAUGCCAAAUGUGGGGUACUAUAUGAAGCAUAUAUAAUAUUCUCAAACAUGCGUUUCAGGGAUUUGGUUUCGUGGAAUUCCAUGAUCAUGGGGUUCUCACAUCAUGGGCUAGCAAAUGAAACACUAAAGGCAUUUGUGGUCAUGCUAGCAUCUGGUAUUCACCCAAAUCCAGUUACAUUUUUGGCACUCCUAUCAGCAUGUAACCAUGCAGGCCUUGUUGCUCGAGGAUGGGAGCUAUUCAAUGCAAUGCCUAAUGUUUAUGCAAUUCAACCUGGUCUGGAGCACUAUAUUUGUAUGAUUAAUCUUUUAGGCCGAGCGGGAAAAGUAAAGGAAGCUGAAGAAUUUGUCCUGAGGCUCCCUUUUGAACCAAAUUGUGCUGUUUGGGGGGCACUGCUUGGCGUAUGUGGUUUCGGUGAAAUGGAUGCAGAGGUUGCUAUUCAUGCUGCUAAGCAACUCCUUUCGCUUGAUCCUCUAAACACCCCUGCCCACGUGGUGCUCUGCAACAUACACGCAGCAAAAGGUGAACAUGAUGAGGUGCAUAUGUUGAGGAAGGAAAUGGUGUUAAAGGGAGUGAGGAAGAUUCCUGGUUGCAGUUGGAUACUACUUAGAGGGCGAGUUCAUGUCUUCUUAUCUGGAGAUAAAUUAGACCUGCAAGUGAAUGAGAUGUUGUCUCUUUUAUUUGGGACUAUGACUAGAUUAUAAGAAAAAGAUGUGAAGCAAUGUCAUUUGACAUA